CUUAUCCUCUCCGCCCGCCUCCUCCUCCUCCGCCGAGGCGCCAAGGAAACAUGGCUUCACCAUUCGGUGCCACUUCUACUGCUGGGCUCAUGGCAGCUCCAACUGGCAUUGUAUCGGACAAGAAGCCAUUCUCAGUAUCAUCUAUCUCCCUUGCCAGCCGGCCACGGAAUGUGCGUCCUCAGAGGAAAUGCAGUUUCAGAGUAAAAGCAGCUAAGGAGCUGUACUUCAACAAGGAUGGCUCAGCCACCAAGAAGCUCCAGGCUGGAGUCAAUAAGCUUGCAGAUCUUGUUGGAGUUACAUUGGGACCAAAGGGAAGGAAUGUUGUUUUGGAGAGCAAGUAUGGGUCCCCUAGGAUUGUCAAUGAUGGUGUUACAGUUGCAAGAGAGGUUGAGCUGGAGGAUCCUGUUGAAAAUAUUGGAGCUAAGUUGGUUAGGCAAGCCGCAGCAAAGACCAAUGAUUUAGCUGGUGAUGGGACAACUACUUCCGUAGUCCUUGCUCAGGGGCUCAUUGCUGAGGGUGUUAAGGUUAUUGCAGCUGGUGCUAAUCCUGUACAAAUUACUCGCGGUAUUGAGAAAACAGCGAAAGCACUUGUUGAGGAACUAAAGAAGAUGUCAAAGGAGGUUGAAGAUAGUGAGCUUGCAGAUGUUGCUGCAGUUAGUGCUGGCAACAACUACGAAAUUGGUAACAUGAUAGCUGAGGCUAUGAGCAAGGUUGGCCGGAAGGGUGUUGUUACCCUUGAAGAAGGGAGAAGUUCCGAGAACAAUCUCUAUGUUGUGGAGGGAAUGCAGUUUGAGCGUGGUUAUAUCUCUCCUUAUUUUGUGACUGACAGUGAGAAGAUGACCACAGAGUACGAGAACUGCAAGCUCCUUUUGGUGGACAAAAAGAUCACCAACGCGAGGGAUCUUAUCAAUGUUCUGGAGGAAGCCAUUAGGGGUCAGUACCCAAUUCUGAUAAUUGCUGAGGAUAUUGAGCAGGAGGCCCUUGCGACCCUUGUUGUCAACAAGCUUAGAGGAUCUUUGAAAAUCUGUGCUAUCAAGGCACCUGGGUUUGGAGAGCGCAAGACCCAGUACCUGGAUGAUAUUGCCAUCCUGACUGGAGGAACUGUAAUCAGAGACGAGGUGGGCCUGUCACUUGACAAGGCAGACAAAUCAGUUCUAGGAACGGCAGCGAAGGUUGUCCUUACCAAAGAGUCGACAACCAUAGUUGGUGAUGGCAGCACCCAGGAAGAAGUGUCGAAGAGGGUUGCACAGAUCAAAAAUCUCAUUGAGGCAGCGGAACAAGAUUAUGAAAAGGAAAAGCUCAAUGAGAGGAUAGCAAAGCUUGCUGGUGGUGUUGCUGUCAUUCAGGUGGGAGCACAAACAGAAACCGAACUUAAAGAGAAAAAGUUGAGAGUUGAGGAUGCUCUGAAUGCGACUAAGGCUGCCGUUGAGGAAGGUAUUGUUGUUGGUGGAGGGUGCACUCUUUUGAGACUGGCUGCUAAAGUUGAUGCCAUCAAGGAGACCUUGGAGAAUGAUGAACAGAAGGUCGGUGCUGAAAUAGUGAGGAGGGCGUUGUGCUACCCACUUAAAUUGAUCGCCAAGAAUGCCGGUGUCAAUGGCAGUGUUGUCACUGAGAAGGUUCUUUCUAACGAUAACACCAAAUUCGGCUACAAUGCUGCUACUGGGCAGUAUGAGGACUUGAUGGCUGCUGGUAUCAUUGACCCCACUAAGGUGGUGAGAUGUUGCCUGGAGCAUGCUGCGUCGGUGGCCAAGACCUUCCUGACAUCAGACGUUGUUGUCGUCGAGAUCAAGGAGGCUGAGCCCGCGCCCCUCGCUAACCCAAUGGACAACUCCGGCUACGGGUACUGAUGAAUGACGGUGGAGUUUCACCAGCGGAGGAAAAGCGGCGCUCAUCAGUUAUUUUUGGUAGCACGAACCAAGUUUUGCCUAGAGAGGUCGAUGAUGUAGUCUCGAGAUAACAAUGUGAUGUGUUGUGCCGCCGUAAAGGCGAAAUAAACAGAGAAACGUUAGUGGAAUUCUUGAUGUAAUUGGAACAUACCAUUUUUACGUGGAAAAAUGUUGGAAUCUU